UGAAAAUUGUGCUUUCAAUUAAAUAAGUUCUAGUGUAGAAACCUGCCCACUGCGUCCAGAUGCCUUUAUUGAAGUCGUUAGUCCAUUAAAUGGCGGAUCAGGAAGAAGAUAGGCUGAAGAAUGCGGAGACCAUAGUCGUGGUGGAUCGGCAGACCUCGGCGGAGAGCAAGAGCAGGACCUCCAGCAAGGACGGGCCCAAUGACGGCAUACACAAACGGCCGAGAGUGCCUGACAUCCCAACCAUAGCCGAGAAAGUGAAAGAGGUAGAGAAAGCUGAAUAUACUUCAAAAGCAUCUGGUCGAAAUAAAGUGCAUAAGGACGUGUUCAACCAGCACGCGGCCGGGAUGCCGUCCUCCACAACUUCUCACACACCGACAAUGAAACAAUAUGAGACGAUAGAACUGGCCAAAAUAGAACAAGGGACUAAACAGACAUCCACAAAAAAAGAUGACCUUAACAAAAAGCGGUUGGAGACCACGUUCCCGGCAGAAACGGGCUCGGAGCCCACGGCGUCCGUGUCGGUGACCAAACGCUUCGAGAGUACGCCGCCGCGUAAGGAAGUGGAGCCCACUGCGUCUGAAACCGUUCGUCAUGUAAAAACUAAGGAAGCUGAACACAUGCAAUCAGAAAUGGUCAAAAAAGCAAAACAAAGCCACCCAAUUCCUGAUGAGGUGAAGCCUUCCGUGACGAAGCCGUCGCUGCGCGCGCGGGCGGGGGAGGAGGCGCCGGACGAGGACACCACGGCCGGCGACACCCUCACCAGGAUCUCCGACUGGUCGGACGAGCAAGUGGCGGGCGGGCUGCCGCGCACCGCGUCGGUGUCGUCGCGCGUGUCCCGCGCGGUGCGCCAGCUGGUCUGCUGCGGCGUGGCCUACUCGCCGCCCUCCGAGGACGACAUCUCCACCAAGCGGCUGCCCUCCGGCAUCUGACCACCCCGAGGCUUUCUGAACGCUCCACGACAAACAAACACGACACGCACACGAAUACCUACACUUAGCCCCUUUACACUUUACAAGAAUGUGGUCCUAUGCGAAGACUCCCAUGAGUAUAAGUAAGCUAUAGUUAUCCUCGGCGCUGUAUAUUCUAGCGAUGACUUACUUAGUACCUGUUCGGCGUCUUGGCGUUCAAAAGGUUUACAGGAUAUAGUGAACGAAAGUUUACUCACACACAGUUGUUGUCCCUCAUUAGACCUAGACAGACAAUCAUUGUACGCGACAUGAUGCAGUAUAUCCUCUCCAGAGCUAUGCCACUUCGUUGAAUUUUUCUUUUUUUUUUAAGUUUUACCACUUUUGAAUUUUUUUUUAAAUUUAUUUGGAGUUCCCAAUAUAUUCAAAAAUCUUACAGCUAGGAGCACAACUGACUUAAUACUGGUAGAAUAUAAAUAAUUAGAUGGCAAUCAAAUUACACAAAAUUGCUGAAAGCAGAGUAUUCCUUUAAUCCCGCUACAAAACUGCCUAACAAAUUAUUUUAUUCAAUUCAACAUUUUUCAUUAUUUCAUACCAAAAACUGUAAAAUGUCACCUAACUUAUUUAAAAAUAUUUGAAGCAAGUUAGUCACGUAUUAGUCGAUAUAACGCUCGACAUGUGCCAGCCGCGCGCGCAGGGCUAGCGGCCGCAGUCUGCGCCACGCUCGAGACGUGCGCGGCGGGGUCGUUACUCUUGAAACAAUCUCCUUGGAAAUGGAGCGAAACAUGUCGAGCAUUAUAUCGACUUAAUACGUGAGUAACCCGCUUAAAAUAUUUUUCAAUAUAUCCGAGUCUCACGGGAGUUUUAUAGUUAAAGUCACCUAAAUUAUUUUUCCCAUAUCUUUUUUCUUAGGCUUUCUUAAUUCAGUGAGGCAUAAUAUAAAGUAAGGAAUUUCAUGCCCAUAAAUACUUACAGCUAUUCAUUAUUUAUUCAUAUCAGGCUUAUUUUUGUAGUAGUUACUGACGAUGCAAAGCUGAGUCACGGCAAGUCGACGAACAAAGUCGUUAGACAUUUUUGUAGCGGACUCCAUUCUAAGAUAACUAUAAAAAUACGUUACUGAUAUAAAGUUUAUAUACCUCAUACCUCAUUUUAAAGAGCAAAAAAAGCAAGAGCAAAAAGUUGCCUAUCCUGGUUGUGUCAAAGAAAAGUAUGUUAAUUGGGAUAAAUAUAAAAGAAGUUUAACAGAUUUUGGUUUAAAAUAUUAGAUGCAUAUAAAUAAAUGCAAUAAAAUGUUGAAUAUAGCUAUUAUUACCUAAAGGUUUUUAUUAUUUCUUUAAUUUAUCAAACUAGUCAAAUAAUCAUCAAUUCAUCACUGAACUCUGUCGGUGCAACAUUAAUUCGGUACAAAAUAUUAUCAUAUUGAUAAAAUUAUUUUAUUUAUCUGCAAUAAGUGCAAUAACAUAAUGGGUCACUUUAGUCACUUACUUCUUUAGUUUUCUAACAAUAUAGAAAAACAGAAAAUAAAUUAUAACCAAUUUCUGAAAAAAAAAGAAGCGUUUCUAAACGAUGCUUGAUGGUUCAGUAACUGAAUACUCUUGACUAACCUGAAAACGAAGUGGAUUGCUAUGGUUAAUGAGGACCGAUCGGACAUCGCUCAUAUAAUGAACUACACUGAUCAAACUGUGCUGCUAGGUGAGGGCCCCAAUCCCAGAUCUAGUUUUUAUAUGACAAGACCCAGGCAUGUAUUAAAAUAUAAUUAGGACUACGUAACCUACUCAUAAGAAUAGGUACAUAUUGUAUAUUGUAAUUUACAUAACAGUAAAUGUA